AUGCAUCGUAGUUUGAAAGAAUUACUUAUUGAUGAUUAUCUUGAUUUCGAUGCUAACAAUGAUGAUGAUGAUGAUAAUAUUUCAUUUUCUCUAGACAAUGAACGACAUAUUUAUUAUAAUGUUAUACACCAUAAAAAAACUAGCAAAGAUUAUCUUCGUGCAGUUUUUCAUCAUCCAAUCUAUGAUUAUUUUAUGGCUUUUGUUGUUACAUCAAGUUCAAUAACACUUGGAUUAAGUUUAGAAACCGAUGAAAAUCAUAUAAAAAAUUUUUAUCAACAAAAAUUUAUUUAUGCAUUUGAUGAAGUUUUAAUUGCAAUACUUUUUCUUGAAUUUAUUCUUAAAAUAUAUUUAGAGUCAAUUCAUUAUUGGUUUAAUUGGACAAAUAUUUAUGAUUUUAUUAUUAUUUUUUUUGGUUUUAUUGAAAUUAUUUGGAAUUUAUUUUUUCAAAAAACAAAUUCAACUAUAACAAAUUUAUUAAAAGGUUUUCGAUUAUUACAAUCAAUACGUUUAUAUAGGAUUAUCAAAUUGUCUGAAGGUUUACAAGUAUUAACAAAAGCUUUAAUUAAAACUGUAUUAACAUAUACAUUUACUGUUGUUAUACUUGUUUUUUUAUUUAUUUAUGUUGUUGCUGUUAUUGGACAAAUGCUCUAUGGAAAACCAGAAGAUAGUCCAUGGCAUCAUUUUCCAACAUCAUUAAUUAUUGCUAUGAGAUUAACAUUAGUCGAUAAUUGGAAUUUAAUUGGACCAGAACUUGAAAAAAAAGGGAGUCCAUCAAUAUCACGAUGGUUUUUAACAAUUAUAGUUUUUGUUGGUAAUCGUAUUGUAACAAAUGUUCUUGUUGGAUUAAUGAUUGAAAGUGUAUCAUCUGUCAAUGAUGAUUAUAUAAAAGAAAAACGUGAAAAAAAAAAUUUACGUAAUCAGAGAAAACGUGAAGAAUUAAGUAAACGUACAAUACAAGUAUUAAAUACACGGAUUUCGGAUACAAAUAAUAAAAUGAAUACAGCAGAAAAUACUAUGGAACAAAUUAAAGCAAAAUUAAAAUUGAUUCAUAAUGAAAUAAUUACACCAAAAGACUUUAUGUUUUCGAUUAAUUGGUUGGAAAAAUUAGUUGUAUUCAGGUAA